AUGACGAUUCAAGUCCAGAUCCGCCGUGCAAGGGAAGCCGACAUCGCCGCCAUGUCCAUGAUUGAAGUUGAAUCAUUUAGCGAUAGCCCGUAUCACACAGCUCUGUUUCCAAAGGAGCUGCGGGCCAGGCCUGGCAUUGAAGAGCAGCUGGAAUGGUCUAGCCGGCACAUGAGCCAAGCCAUGAAAGAUCCGAGCAGUCGCUAUGUCGUGGCCACCGAUGGAUCGAAUGAAGCCAUCUUGGGUUUCGCGGAAUGGGUUGCGUCGAAGCCCCGUGAAACUACAUCUCAGCCAACUGAGAAAACGGCAGAGGAAAGUGCCCGAGCCUAUCAAGAAGGGCUAGAGCGUCUGCCGGCGUACUUGGACAAGGCUGCUAUUGUCAGAUGUGAUGAUGAGACGGGCCAGUUGCUCAAAGCCGCACGCUUAUUCCUUGGAGACAAAAGGCUGAGCGACAUGUGGACACUGAACUCUAUUGCAGUGGCUGCGAUGUAUCGGUUAAAGGGCAUCGGCAAGAUGCUUACUCGCUGGGGGAUAGAUGCCGCGAAUGAGGAGAGGCGGGAUAUUUGGCUUGUAUCGGCGCCUACCGGGCGGUCCAUGUACCUCUCUCUUGGCUUCAAGGAGGUGGCUGUGGGAAUCCGGGCAGGCGAGGCCCAGCACCUCAUGUUUCGAGAGACUAUUGGCUGA